AUGGAAUCAGUACCAAGAUAUCAGACUAAACCUCAUUCUAUGUAUUCAUUCAUGUGUGGUUGUUUGCUGAGAAGAGAUCAGUUUGCGUCUCACAUACAAAACACACAUUGCGAAAUCAUGUCUGGAUUAAAUGGUUGGAUUGAACAAAAAUGUCCGUAUGCUGCUUAUGGAUGUAAUUACACUCAACCAAGGUUUUGUCCUGAUCAUCAUACUAAUGCAAUUGUUUUUAACCAAUCACAAAAUGCAUUUACAGUAAGGCCUGGACUGUGGUCAACCUCGGAAACUGAAGAUAAUGCCAAAGAUCAAUUUGAGGAUCCGCUACAUUUUCUCAAUCUCCCAUAUGAAGUUCAUGAGAAACUUUUUAAUUUUCUUGACUGUUUUACAAUCAACCAACUAUCAUUGACAUGUUCCUAUAUGAGAGAGGUUUGUAAAAAUCAUUUAGCAAGUCGUGGAAUAGUUGAAGUAAAAUGGUUUAAACGAACUUAUGAAGAUGGCACUCAGUCAUGGAAGAUGGGAGAUAAAAUUUGGUCUUUUCCAACUGCAUUUACUAAAAUCAAUCGAUGGGUUUUACCAGACAAUCUACCUAUGGUUGAACAUGUCUCAAAGUGUCCAGUCAUUGCUGCUUGCGAUUUAAAAUAUAAAGAAGAACGAGUUAAAGUUUUUUACUGA